CACAGGAAAGCAAAGAAAGAGCAAGCAAUCCAGAAAGCAGCUAGUCUACAGCCUGAAACUAACUACAAGGCAUCAUGAAGACUCUGACUCUCCUCUCCAUCUGCGCUCUUCUGUCAGUGUGCUGGUCCAUGGGAGCUGUUGAACCAGAGGUUGUUGUGGACGUUGCUGCAGACACAGCUGCUGAAGCUGCACCUGCUGACCCAGCUGCUGACCCAGCUGCUGACCCAGCUGCUGCCCCCGAUUCAUCUGCUUCGGACUCUUCCUCCUCCUCUGAGUCUGAUUCGUCCUCGGCCUCCGACUCCAACUCUUCCUCAGACUCUUCAGCGUCUGAUUCUUCCUCCUCCUCCUCCUCCUCCUCCUCUUCCUCCUCCUCCGAGUCUACUGAAUCUUCUUCCUCUGAGUCUGACUCCUCAGCAUCCGACUCUUCUGCCUCUGAUUCUUCCUCUUCUUCUUCUUCGUCAUCCUCCUCAUCUUCAUCAGAGUCUGCCAGUGCUGAGGCGGCUCAGGUGGUGAUGAAGAGAGACCUGGCUGCUGUUCUCCUGAGGAGAAGAAGAGCUGCCGCAGCAGGAGACCUCAGCCCUCUGCAGCUGGAAAGCCUGAGAGAGGUGUGUGAGCUGAACGACGCCUGUGACGAGAUGGCAGAAACGGAAGGCAUCGUCAAAGCAUACGUCGCCUACUACGGACCCGUCCCCUUCUAAGAUGAAGACUCCUCUUUCAUCCACAUGAAAGAUGUUUUCUUUGUCAUUUAGCAACAACUCCCCUGAAUCCAGACAAGGUGCAGACAAUAAUAAUAAAAACAAUGUUUGGCCCAUGUUAUGAUGCUAGAUGGAGAUUUCUUCAAGGCACAAAACCAUUGCACAAGUGCCCAGCUUUAAUGGUCCUGUAUGAAAUGAUUUCAGAGAGAGGCACAUGGAAACACAAGCAUGUAGAGUAUGUAGUAUCCCACACAAGAUUAAAUUAUUCUUCACAUCUGUAGUACAAUGCAAUGAAUGGUGCUACAAGUGCAUGUAUUGUAUAUUAAUGUAUUGAUGUUUUUAUGUUGUGCUUUAGUCUUACUUUAACUAGAUGUAGUAGUUCUAGUAACUAGUGGAUGUAGUAAUGAUGUACUGUAGUUUUAGUCUUAGUGUCUUGAUAGCAGUAGUGGUAGUGUACAGUGUGUGUAAAAUGCACAUCAGUUAUCUGUAAGGACUGUAACCACAAAUUGCCUCUAAGUUUUAAAAUAAUAAAUUAUUUUGUUUUGUCGAA